AUGGUGGUGCUGAAGCUUGCACUUCAACGAGUGGGGAACGUGAGGCUGUUGAGUCCUCGGAUAUUUGCGCUUGCCAAUUCUCAGUUUUCUACUGCUGCCGAACAGUCUUGGAGAAAUGGAAAUUCUCUUAGAGUGCCAAAUCUCGUCGGUGGUAGCUUUGCAGAUUCAGAAUCAUCAGAAUCAAUUGAUGUCUUGAAUCCGGCAACACGAGGUAGUUUCGCAAGUACCGUUAACUACAAAAGAGGAGUUCAAAUCUGCAGUAUCUGCUGCAAAACAGGCCUUUCCAUCGUGGCGGAACACACCAAUAAAUGGCAGCGCGUUAUGUUUAAGCUGCAAGAUCUUAUUCGUAAAAACAUGGAUAAGCUCGCCUUGAACAUUACCACCGAAAAAGGGAAGACACUUAAGUAUGCACAGGGUGAUGUGUUCCGUGGGCUACGUUAG